AAUCCCGAGUCCACAAAAGUGGGAGAGUCACUAGUGGACCACAGUCAGGUGUUGGGCCUGGGACUGGUCCAAACUUGUUGGGCCAGGCUGGGGCCCCUACAAAUAGAGCUGGGAUUUGCAGAGGGAAGUGAAAACAAAGCGAGAUAUGGAGGAGAAAGAGAGAGAGUUAGGGAUUCCCGCCAAACAAGACCGGCCGUAACACUUCCCGGGCAUAAUUUCCCGCCAUAUUAAACAUUCCUCUUUAUUCCAACCCUCCUUUCUUCAUCAUACAUACAUACUUCUCUCUUCACCCACAGGGCUCAAUACACACUCUCACACAGUUAGUUAGGUUAGAGAGAGAGAGAGAGAGAGAGAGAGAGCAAUGUCACGUCGUCGAAGCAACGGCGCAUCCCCAUUGGUUAACCCACAGCGCCAAAUCACUUCCUUCUUCGCCAAAGCCACUUCCUCUCCAUCUCCAAUCCCUAAAUCUAAAUCUAAACCCAGCCCGGGUUCCAGCCCUAGCUCCACCACGCCUUCGCCUCUCCAAUCCAAGCCUAAGCCCGAUCCCGAUCCCAAUCCGAAGAAAUCGUUGUACGGCCAAGAGGUGGUCGGCAAGAGGAUCAAGGUGUACUGGGCGAGUGAUAGGGCCUGGUACGAAGGCUGUGUCAAGUUGUUCAAUAAGGAGAGUGGUAAGCACUUACUUCAGUACGACGAUGGCGACGAAGAGACUUUGGAUUUGGCCACCGAGAAAAUCGAGUGGAUUCAAGAGACCGUCCAGACCUUUAAGCGCUUGCGCCGCGGUCCUUUGCCCACUCCCGAGGCGGAGGAGGAGGAGGAGGUCAAGGAAGACAGUGAUGAUGAUGAUUCCGGCGAUGAGGAUUGGGGAAAGAGUGUGGAAAAGGAACUAGUUGAGGAGGAAGACGAGGUUAUGGAAUUGGAGGAGGAGCAAGAUGAUGAUGAUGAUGAUGAGGGACUCCAGCCCAAGCCCAAAGGAAGGCGCGGCGGCUCCGGUGGUAAACGGAAGUUGAGCGGCGGAGGGAAUUUGGGGUCUGCUAAGAAGACCAAGACUGGUGGACAUGUAGCCACUAAUGGCCUCAAGCCUAAUUUGAUUCAGCCUACUACUACUACUACUAAUGCUGCUGAGAGCACAAAGGCGGUUAAUGGUAUCAAUAUUGGUGAUGCCUCAGAAAGGUUUAGCAAGCGUGAAGCUGACAAGUUCCGUUUCCUUGGGGAAAAACGCAGGGAUGCCAAAAAAAGACAACCUGGGGAUGCAAAUUAUGAUCCAAGAACUCUAUAUCUACCUCCUGAUUUCUUAAAGAAUUUAUCAGGUGGCCAGAGACAAUGGUGGGAGUUUAAGUCAAAGCACAUGGACAAAGUUCUAUUUUUCAAGAUGGGCAAGUUCUAUGAACUUUUUGAAAUGGAUGCACAUAUAGGAGCAAAAGAACUUGAUCUUCAAUAUAUGAAGGGUGAACAACCCCAUUGUGGAUUUCCAGAGAAGAACUUUUCAAUGCAUGCGGAGAAACUGGCUAGGAAGGGUUACCGAGUUCUUGUCAUAGAGCAGACAGAAACACCUGAACAGAUGGAGCUUCGUCGCAAAGAGGGUGGCUCUAAAGAUAAGGUUGUGAAACGUGAAGUAUGUGCAGUAGUUACAAAAGGAACACUAACUGAAGGAGAGAUGCUGUCCGCAAACCCUGAUGCUUCUUAUCUAAUGGCAGUGACUGAAACCUCUCAAAAUUUAGCAAACCAAAAUGGCGAGCGUAUUUUUGGAGUUUGUGUGGUUGAUGUUGCUACCAGUAGGGUUAUUCUUGGACAGUUCGCAGAUGAUUUAGAGUGCAGUGCCUUGUCUUGUCUCUUGUCUGAAUUGAGGCCCGUGGAACUAGUAAAACCAGCAGAACUACUUAGUCCUGAGACAGAAAAAGUACUGCUAAGACAUACAAGAAGUCCACUAGUGAAUGAGUUGGUUCCACUUCUGGAAUUCUGGGAUGCUGAGAGAACUGUUUGUGAAGUUAAAAGUAUCUAUAGCUGUGCUGAUGAUUCUCAUAUGGAAGAACAUGGCUUGGGCUGCAUGCCAGAUGUAUUGUCUGAGCUUGUGGGAGCCGGGGAGGAUGGCAUCUGUGCACUUUCAGCUCUUGGGGGUGUUCUUUUCUACUUAAAGCAGGCUUUUCUAGAAGAGACAUUGCUUAGAUUUGCAAAAUUUGAGUUACUUCCAAGUUCUGGUUUUGGUGGUAUCAUAUCAAAACCAUACAUGGUUCUCGAUGCAGCUGCACUAGAGAACCUGGAGAUUUUUGAAAACAGCAGAAAUGGAGACUCUUCAGGGACAAUGUAUGCGCAAUUGAAUCACUGUGUGACUGCAUUUGGGAAGAGAUUGCUUAAGACAUGGCUUGCAAGACCUCUGUAUCAUGUAGAGUUAAUUAAGGAACGCCAGGAUGCUGUCUCAAGUUUACAGGGAAUCAACCUUCCUCACGCACUUGAAUUUCGAAAAGCAAUGGCUAGGCUUCCGGACAUGGAGCGCUUGCUUGCACGGGUCUUCGCUAGCAGUAAAGCUACUGGAAGGAAUGCAAACAAAGUGGUUUUAUAUGAGGAUGCCGCCAAAAAACAGCUCCAGGAGUUUAUUACAGCUCUACGCGGUUGUGAAUUAAUGGCGGCAACAAGUUGCUCUCUUGGUGUCAACUUGGGAAAUGUUGAAUCUCGACAACUUCAUCAUUUGCUGACACCUGGUAAAGGUCUUCCUAAUGUCAACUCAGUUUUAAAGCACUUCAAGGAUGGCUUUGAUUGGGUAGAAGCCAAUAGUUCAGGUCGUAUAAUACCUCAUGAAGGAGUUGAUACUGAAUACGACGCUGCAUGUGGAAAAGUAAAAGAGAUCGAGUCUCAUUUAACUAAGUACCUUAACGAACAGAGGGAAUUACUCGGAGAUAAAUCGAUCACUUAUGUCACAAUUGGAAAAGAAGCAUACCUAUUGGAAGUUCCAGAAAGUUUGCGUGAGAGUAUACCUCAGGAUUAUGAAUUACGUUCAUCCAAAAAGGGUUUCUUUAGGUACUGGACACCAAAUAUUAAGAAGUCAUUGACUGAGCUCUCACAAGCUGAAUCUGAUAGGGAGUCCUCACUUAAAAGCAUUUUGCAGAGGUUAAUUGGACAAUUCUGCGAGCAUCAUAUUAAGUGGAGACAGUUGGUCUCUGUGACUGCUGAACUGGAUGUUUUAAUCAGUCUAGCAAUUGCAAGUGAUUAUUCCGAGGGACCCACCUGUCGGCCUGUUAUCAUGAGUUCAUCAGAUACAGAUGAAGUACCCCUCUUGUCCGCAAAUAGUUUGGGACAUCCUGUUCUUAGAAGUGAUUCUUUAGGAAAAGGUACAUUUGUCCCCAAUGACAUUACUCUUGGAGGUUCUGGUCAUGCAAGCUUUGUCCUUCUCACUGGCCCUAACAUGGGUGGGAAGUCAACUCUGCUUCGCCAAGUUUGCUUGGCUGUGAUUUUAGCCCAGUUAGGAGCAGAUGUGCCUGCAGAGAGCUUUGAGCUAUCUCCUGUUGAUCGAAUCUUUGUUCGGAUGGGUGCUAAAGAUCAUAUUAUGGUAGGCCAAAGUACAUUUCUGACGGAGCUGUCAGAAACUGCAACAAUGCUGUCAUCUGCUACUCGUAACUCAUUGGUAGCACUGGAUGAACUUGGACGUGGGACAUCAACUUCAGAUGGACAAGCCAUUGCGGAAUCAGUUCUUGAACAUUUUGUCCACAAGGUUCACUGUCGAGGAAUGUUUUCUACUCACUAUCACAGGCUAGCUGUUGAUUAUCAGAAUAAUUCUCAGGUUUCACUCUGCCAUAUGGCAUGCCAUGUUGGAAAUGGAGAUGCUGGUGUAGAAGAAGUGACAUUUCUUUACAGAUUGACUCCCGGUGCUUGUCCUAAAAGCUAUGGUGUCAACAUUGCUCGGUUAGCUGGACUUCCUAUUUCUGUGCUUCAAAAAGCUGCUGCUAAGUCCAGGGAAUUCGAAGCUGCAUAUGGUAAACACUUGAAGCAAUCUGAAGAUAGCUUUCCCUUUCAAAGUCCAGUUAACAAGAUGGUUGAGUGCAUCCAAAAGGUUACCAACAUCGUGGCAAAGUUGACUAGUCACGAGUCUACUGAGGGCAUCAACAUUGACUCCCUGACUGAAGUUUGGCAUAAAGCAAGAUUGCUUGAGCAACAAAGUUGAGAUGGAUGGUGCACUUUUAGUACUUUCAAGUCUCAGGUAACUAAAUUUUGGCACUCCAUGAGGAUUUUGACAACUUUUUUCACUACUCGGGAACCAUUUGUUGGAGGGCAAGUUCAGUCAUUGAUAGAAUGUCCGACUGAAAGAAGAAUGCAUAUGGCCUGCGUCUGCUGAUUGGAUUGACCAACUCUUUAGAUUCCAAGUUAGAUUUACCGCAAAGAUUUGGGGCAAUAUAUUUGUUGAAGCGAGGAGAAGGUAGUUAUCCUCCUCUUCAAUUGUAAAUGAUGGUUGUAAUGUCAAUGUGUUGGUUCAAAUUUUUGAGAGCCAGGCUGAGGCCGAAGGUUGUUGAUUAAUUUCCAAGGUGAAUACAAUUGGUAGAUUAGGUUGUUCAUCCUACUAGUAACCUAAAUGCAGUUGCUGAGUUGCAGUUUGUUGAUGAUA